AUGGAAGACGCGAAAGACUUGGUGAUGAAUAUCUCGGAAAAGAAAGCCGUCGAAGAACUCAAAGACAUGCUCGGUUGCAGGUUCAAGAACGACGAAGAAGAACCGGUGUCUUUGUGGGGGAAUCCCGCUAAUUGCCAACCCAUCACAAGCAGCAGAUGUAAUCCUCUUCAACAAUUUCCCGAGUUCAAACAACUUGAAAAUGUCACGACUUACAUUCACGGGUUUGACAGACAAGGCCACCCGGUUUACUACAACGAUUAUACCCCCUUGAAUACUUACCAACACUUGAGCCGUAAACUACUUGAAACUGAUAAAAAGAUUGACAAGUUUAAUAAAUGGAGAUUGCAAGUACUUGAGAGGGGAAUCAGGAUGCACCCUGGACGGAUUAACUCUGUUGUAGCCGCUUACGAUUAUUCAACUAUCCCGACAGAGGAGCUUAUGGAUGCUGAUUAUGAUCUCUACAAAAUUUUAAUAAAUAAUUAUUACCCAGGAAUGGUUUCUUAUACGAUAGCCAUUAAUGAACCUUGGUACAUAAAGCCUGAGUAUAUACCCAUACAAUACGGUGGUCUGAUGGAUGGAGGAGAACAAGUCUCCGAGAUCACAGCCAAAGGUGGAGAAAAAUCCAACAAGGGAGUUGAGGCACAGCAGACGACUGCAAGUGGGAUGUGGAAUAUUUUGCAACGUUUGUCAUGGAAGACCUCAUUGAAAUCAAAAGUUGCCUAA